AUGGCUCACUCCAACUCACUUCACCUUUCUGUCGGCAUCCUGGGCAUCUUUGGUGGCUCCCUCCUGCUUUUGGUGAACAGCUAUGCCAGCUCUCCUCAAAAUGACUUCAUCCCCCACACUGCACUGGGGAUUUUGCUUCUCAUUAUCUCAGCCCUCAUAGCUUAUGCAGGUGUCUAUCACAGUCUGUCCCAUGCCCAGCUGUUUUCCACUCUGUGUCUGACUAUCUCUGCUCUGUGGUGUGGUUCAGGUCUGGUCUACAUUCUGGUUGGACAGGGAGUGUUGCAGCUCACAGAUCUGAAGUCUUCAUUGGUCCCAGGCCUGGCAGCAUUUACCUUAGCCCUGUUCGUCAUCGGUAGUGUAGCGCUCUUUGUAAAGAAACCAGUCCUGGUCCUCAUAGGGAUGGGCAUUUCUUUGGCCUGCGCCCAUCAAAUAGCUGCUCUGUGUGCUGUGGGGUUUGGCCAGUCUGCCACUGCUACUAACUACCUUCUCGUCUGUUUAGUGUGUCUUUAUUUUGGCUUUGGACGUCUUCUGCCCAUGAUCACUCAUGGUAAAGUGAGACCACCAGGCACAGGUUUGAAGCAGAAAGCUGAGCUGAAAAUGGAGCAGAACCAGGCGUGUGCUGGUGCAGCAAGUGUAGGUUUAGUGAUGAACUUGUUAUCUGCCUCUGUAUUAGCCUGUCCCCUGUUGGGUGUGGUACCCACACUCUUUGUUGGUCAUGUUCCCUGGCUGUGGACAGCUGGAGUCUUCCAGCUUGUCAUGUGUGUCCUCUUUUAUCGAGCCAUGGACACACUAGCUGCCACUUUCUAUGGUUUUACUGCCCUGCUGAAAUUUGCAGAAGGCUACAGUGCUUUGUUGUCUCUGUACUCCAUUCAGCCUUUCUCUCCCGUUCCCUUCCCUGUUGUCUUUGCAGUGCUCUUCUCUGUUCUGUCACUGUUCAGUUGUCAAAAGAGCCUGCUGGAGGGGAUAUACCAAUUAUUCUUUGUAGCAUAUUGUAUUUCCAUUGCAGCACAACCUAAAGGCUUCUUCCAAGGAGGCACUCAGGGAGUUCAGGGAGCUAUAUUUGUAGCUACAGCAUUACUGCUUUUUAUUACUACAUUCAACAUGGUCUCAAGCACCUUAAUUCCCACAGGGCGAAGUAUUUUCAGAACUUUAUUGACUAGGAUGCAGAAGGUUACACUCAGAUCUCUCGAUAAAGAGCAGCAUGUACCUCACCUGGGCUACUCCAAAUAUGCUGAUGCAGAGGUGUUGGGUCACGCCUGCAAUGUUCUGGCAGCCUUUGCCAUCACAUCCACUGUUGGUGACAGAAACCCUCUGACUCUGCUGGUUCUGCCCUGGGCAGUGAUGGCUGGUGGGGUGCUGCAGCUCCUGUGUGGCUCAGUAGCGUUUGCUCGAGGUAAAACCUUUGAGAGCACUGUUUUUAUGCUCUAUGGUAUGAUGUGGACAGUGUGGGGUUUGACGCGGUACGGUGGUCUGUACGGUGAAACUAGAGGCUUCAAUGUGGCUGUUGGGAUCAUUAGCUUCAUGUUGUUUAACCUACUGGUGACAGUUGCAGCAUUGUUUGUAAAUGUUGCCUGGUUUGUCUACGCGUUUACCUUCCAGCUCAUUCUCAUCAGCUUCCUGUUGGAUGCAGUAGGUUCACUGCCGUACGGUUACGACAUCGGUGUCACAAUCAUCUUUGGUCUCAUUAGCUUUUAUUGUUUCCUGGCUCACCUUUUCAACAGCACCUUUAAGUCCCCACAAAUCCCCUUAGGUAGCCCUCUUGUCAACGUGGGUGGUGUUGGAGGAGGGACAGAUGUGUGUCCACAUGUCCCAGCACGCAAAGCAAUAUCGGUCAAACAGAUUGCAGAGAUCAUGAAAAACGGUGGCAUUUGUGGAAUGCCAACAGACACCGUCUAUGUUCUGGUAGCAGCCUGCAACAGACCAGAUGCUGUCGUCAAAGCUUACAAGGUUAAAAAGCAGGCUCAGGACCGACCCAUGUCCUUGUGGAUCUCGUCUGUCAAGCAGCUGGAACCUGUGAGGCACCUGCUGAGCCCUCUGCUGCUGGACUUCAUGGAAGCUGCGUGGCCAUCAUCCAUCAGCAUGGUCAUACCCAGAGGUCCCUGGAUGGAUAUUUUUGGUUUAGGAGAUGCUGCCAAACACAUAGGAACUCCACAAAGUAUUGCCAUCAGAAGCCCAGACUGUGCAGUAGCAACACAUCUCAUAAACCUGGUCGGACCCAUUGCUGUCACUUCAGCCAACCCAACAGGAGAGGCAGACACAACCCACCAUAACCAAGUUUACGCCAAACUGGGAAAAAAGGUGGAUGGAGUGUUGUGUGAUGGACCAUCCCCAGAAAAUAUUGCAUCUACUGUUGUUGACUGCACAAAGAUUGAAACUGGGAAUAUUGGUUUCUUCAGAGUGGGUCUCAUUCCUAAAUCAAAGGUUCUUGAAAUUUUUGAAGAGGUUCAAAAUCGUCACAAACAAGGGCAGACAAAUGCAGGAUUUCAUUAUGAUCUGCAUAUAUCAGAUAUAAAAAUGGACAAAAAUUCAAGCGAGAAUUACACAGUAGAGUCAUAA